CUACUGGCUUGUAUCGUGUUUUCAUUUCACAACAAUUCAGUUUAUUAUCAAUUGUCUUGCGGCAAAAACAAUUUCUAAAUAAAUAUGUCUUUGAUCCGUGGAUCCACCCGACUCCUGACAUCUCAACUUCGACGAGUGCAGAGCGUGCCAGUGGCACUAUACCAUGAAAAUGUUGUCGAGCACUACGAGAACCCGCGCAAUGUGGGAUCGAUGGACAAGAAGGAUGUAAGCGUUGGCACCGGACUAGUUGGAGCACCUGCCUGUGGCGAUGUGAUGAAAUUGCAAAUCAAAGUGGACGAGAAUGGCAAAAUCAUAGAUGCCAAAUUUAAGACAUUCGGUUGCGGCUCGGCAAUUGCCAGCAGCUCUCUGGCCACCGAAUGGGUUAAGGGAAAAUCCAUUGAUGAAGCUGGCAAAUUGAAGAAUACGGACAUUGCCAAGGAGCUGCGUCUGCCCCCCGUGAAGUUGCAUUGCUCUAUGCUCGCUGAGGAUGCCAUAAAAGCUGCCUUGGCCGACUACAAGGUCAAGCAGCAAAAGAAGGCAUCGAAUUAAAGUGGCAUGCCACAUAAAUAUAUAUUAUAUACCAUACAUAUAAACAACUUCUAGAACAUCUAUUGGUAAUCUAUGUUAUGUACAAGUGUAUUGGCGUACAUAUAUUAUUUUGCAUUGGAUUUUAGUAAAAUUCAAAUGUGUGCAGACUUUGUGAGUGUGAAAUGCACUAUUAUUGCAACACAAUCGAUCUAAUCUUUUGAUUGUCUCGUCUUGCAGUUGGACGUUUGUGAUUUCUGACCAGUGCGAAGUGUGUAUGAAAAAGAGAACUAUGAGGAAAGCUUGAACUGAUCUUAACUGAGCGACGUGUGAAUGAUUAUUAUUGUGUGUAUUUGUAUGUGGGAUUAUGAUGAG